AUUGAGGAAACUGAUGAAGCAAGGAACAAGUUUUCUAAUGCAAAAGCCAUUUCAUCUGCCCAAUUCUUUGGUGAUCAGAGAAAAGCUGAAAUGGAAGCAUCAGUUUCUUUGCAAAAAUUCUCGGGUUCAAGUGUCAUUUCAAGUGCAGACCUUUUCGGCAACGAUAACAGAUCAGAUCUGCAUCUCUCUGCUAGUGAUCUCAUUAACCGGAUCUCAUUCCAGGCACAGCAGGACAUGUCCUCUCGGAAAAACAUUGCUGGAGAAACUGGAAAGAGACUUGGCUCAUUUGCGUCAACCUUAAUCGCCGAUUUUCAAGACCGAAUUCUGUGAGCUUACAAGACCUAAUAAACUCAGGCAGAUGUGAACAUUUUGUAUGAAAAAUUAGAUUAAAAGUCUUUAUGUAUGUUGCUUUCUUUAUCUUCG